AUGCCUUCAUCAUCCUCGCCCGUGAUGGAUUCAUCCAAUGACGACGUGGAUCCUUCUCACUCAAAGAAUAAUUCUACGACGGCUCUUGAUGAUGGAACGGCAAGUGCCGAUACUAGUGUCCUUCCUCCAGCAUCAUCAUCAUUGGAGAAUCCACAACAACAAGUAGUUGGAGAAAUCAAUAGUGUGGACGAUGGUUUUAAUACAACAACAACGCCAUCAAACAACAACAUGAUGGAUUUAUCUGAGGAUGGCAAUGAAUUGAAUGAUUAUAGGCCUGUCGGAUUGAUAUCUUUCAACAAGUUAAACAUGUUGGUCUAUACAUUUCAAAAUAAGAUGUUUAUCAUGGAUCCGAAUGAACCGACAAAAAUUGAAACAAUUCCAUCCAAUCACAUGUAUGAUAAUAUUUCGGGAUGUUCAUGGCAAGCCAACGAAGGAAUUCCACUACUCUUAACAAAUGAUUCGUACAAUACCAUCUCAUUAUGGAAAAGUGGAGAUCAUUGCAUUAAUGAUUUUGUACUGAGAAAAACCUUUUACAGUGAAAACGUAUUGUGCUGUAAAUGGUGUGAUUCCAUUCGGAUUUUUACAAUACAUCCACCUUCGGAACGAUUAUUUGACACUGAGGGAGACGGAGAACUCCUCGAAAAUAGAUAUCAAUUCAAAACAAGUGUGGCGACUGGCUUAGCCCAUGGAAGUAGAGCAUUUAUUGUAAUUACGAGUCAUGGGAGAGUGUUGUUAUACUUUUUUGACCAUGCUAAGGCACGAUGGGUCACCUCUACAAUUCAACUGAAUCUAGAUUGUGUCACUAGUGCAGAUUUUACUAUUCUAAAUAACGGUCAAAUAUGUGUCGCUUGCAGUGAACGAGACAGCUCUGCUGUUCACAUAUCCUAUUUUGGGAUUGAGGUUGGUAGAAAUGUAGAUGCUACCCUUCCAUUCAACUUGAAGUUUAUCUCACGUUCAGUGUUUGUGCUAGAUAAUUUGGUUGAUGGACUGUACUUUAUUCCUUUCAUGGACAGAUUAAUGGUUAAAACGAGAAAUAACAAAUUCAAAACAUUUUGUCAAAAAGAGCAUACCUUUUCAAUAUCAAAGGUAAUUCCUAUUUCUGAAGAAUUAAGGAAUUCUCUAAGUGGUAUGAUUUGGAAAGAACAUCAAAGUUUUGACAUGCCUGAAGGAGACUCCAUCUCAUUUAAAACAUCUGUGGAUGGACAAUAUUUAAUGUUUAUCAACAGAAAUAGAAGAAUUACUUUUUACAUAUAUGACCUUUCUUCGAAUGAAUAUACAUUCCAUGAUGAAAUUUCGAACAUUUUCUUGGAUGGAGCAAGUAGAGAGCUACUGAAAGAUGGAUCUCUUGCUCCUUCUCGAAAGAAGAGAAAAAUGCAAGAAACCGUUACCAACAACAGUGGUAUAAUUGUGACGAACAAACCAGAAAUAUUGGACGCUUGCAUAUCGCCUAACUCCACAAUACUCGCUGUUUUGGAUUCACAAAUGAGAGUCAAACUAUUCACCAUGAAGAAAAUCUCUAUUGAAAGCUAUCGCAAAAUGAUGGAAUGUUCCAUGCUCAAUGGAUUUGACAAGUGGGAUUUACUUGCUUCCAUUCGAAAUCAGUUCACAAAUUCAGAAAUUGAGGAGCUUGCGGAUUCUUUUGCUAAAGCUGUGAAUAAUUUGACACUAAGCAAUAUCCAUUUUUGGCAAUUCCAACAUGAUACAUUUGCACUAUUUAUUAACUCAAUGCUUCCGAAUGCGGAGAAGCGAGCGCUUGGCCUAGUUUCACAAUCAAUUACCUAUUGUAAUAGUAUUUUACAUAUAUUGAGAUCUGAAAAGAGUAUUGCUUCUCUAGGCGUUCUUCAUGCUCAAAAUCGCCCAGAUACCUUUGAAGCCAUUUUGAAAUAUUGUGAAGAAACGUCUUCCAAGUUGAACAUUGACGAUGCACUUUCAUUCAUUUGUACAGCCAAUUGGACCAUACGAUUGCUCUUAUUUAUUAAGAAGUGUAUGACGGAUCUGAUCAAUGAGGGAAAAACCAAGACGAGAGGAGAGCUGAGUUUAUCUGUCUUUUUUUUGAUUGGAAGUUUAAAAUCUCAAAACUUUUUACCAUUAUUGAAAGAACUUGUGAUUGUUUCUAUGGUUGUGUUAUCACUCAUUCCAAAGCUAAAACAGGAACAUCAAAUUCUCUUACUAAGCAAACACACAAUUUCUCAUGCUGUCAAUUUCUUUGGGAAACUUUUAGGUUCAACAGAGACGCUUAAAAAAACUGAAAUUUACAAAGUAGAUCACAUCAAUCCUAUCAUUAUUGAAGAAUGUGCUAAAAUCUUGGCCGAUGUGAACAAGUCAAGCUAUGAUGAGGCACUUUCCAAUUAUUCCACACAACAACAUUUAGAAAUUUUGGAUCUAUCUCCCAUGAUGAAAGGUUUUCUGUACCAUCCAGAAUUUAUUGACAUUCUCCCUCACAAGAAACAAGUAGAUUCUAUUACGAAGGUCACGCCCGUUGUUGAGCGACCUGAAAGGAUUAUUGAUCCAAAGAAGCUGAAUGUUGCUCUCAAAGUAUGCAGGUUGUGUAAUAGAGUCACACAACUAGAUCCUUCGCCAAUAUUUUCAUGGAGCAAGAGAUUUUCAAUGUCUUGCUUGAUGUGUGGUAGUUUUUGGAAACGAUGCAGUAUUGAAAGUUGGCAAAGUAUGGAUAGCAUGUAA